UUACGUCCUCGCGUUCGAUUCUGGCUGGCCUUCGUCGAGCCUCAGUCGGCUUUUCUUCUUGAUUUAUUAGUAUCAAGUAAGUAAAACUUUUAAAAGUGCGUACCUCGUUGGCGCGGGAGCAGUGUCUGUAAAGCCAUUUACAGUUCAGAAGGCGUGAAGAUUUGUUAUCCAAGUUUUAAUCUUUUAUCCAUUGUGAUGGUCAACAUGGGUAAGAAGCAGGCAGGCAAGUCAAAGAAGGAAGUUCAGGAGAUUGAGGAGUUUGUGGUGGAGAAGGUAAUGGACCAGCGAGUGGUCAAUGGAAAAGUUGAGUUUUUCCUCAAGUGGAAAGGCUUUACAGAUGCUGACAACACUUGGGAGCCUGAAGAAAAUUUAGACUGUCCAGAACUGAUCGCUGCAUUCCUUGAGUCUCAGAAAGGAGUGGUGGAGAAACCAGAAGCUGUAAAAAGAAAAUCAUCCACUGAUGAACCAGAGACCGAAGAGAGCAAGGCAAAACGGAAGAAGGAAAUGUCUGACAAGCCUAGGGGUUUUGCCAGAAACCUUGAGCCAGAGAGAAUCAUUGGGGCGACUGACAGCAGCGGGGAGCUCAUGUUCCUUAUGAAGUGGAAGGACUCUGAUGAAGCGGACCUGGUUCCUGCACGAGAGGCUAACACCCGUUGCCCGCAGAUAGUUAUUGCUUUUUAUGAAGAAAGGCUAACUUGGCAUUCUUGUCCUGAGGAUGAGCAGCAAUAGCAUCCCACAUCUCAUUACAACUUUCUGUGUGUUGGUGUCUUCCACCUGUGCAGUGGUGAUAGCCUGUCAGUGGAGGAUUCUUUUUUUUUUUUGUCUUUUUUUUUUCUUCUCCAGUUUAUUGAAGAUUUGUCUGGAAACUAUGUGCAUGACAGUAGUCAACCAAUGAACGUAUGUACAAAUGAGAUGAGUGUUUUUAAAGUUACAAUAGAGGACGCUUAAAGUGUUUAUUUGAAUUAGGUGUCUCCGCGGUGCUGUUCAUCAUUAAUGCACUGGCUUGUGUUUUUUGCUCAUUCUUGUCAUCCAGAAAAAUCCAAAACUUGCUUUCACGUUUAUAGUUUUCUUUGGUGGAUUAUGCGAUCUAUUGUAGUGUUUUUGUUUUGUUUUUUUCCUUUUAAAUUCUUAUUUCUUACAUGAAUGUUGGAAGUGUCUAUGUAAAUGUUUGUGUAAAUAAUUCCUAUUUUUUAGUUCAAUAAAGGUUUAUAUGCCUGCUUUUAA